AUGGGGAGCAGCAGUAGCUGCUGCAGCAGCAGCAGCAGCAUUUCGUGGAGUGCUGCAGAAGCGCAAGGCGCAGCAGCAACAGCAGCAGCAAAAAUGCUGAACGUGCAGUUGCUGCAGCAGCAACAAGAGCACAGCCAGGUGCAGAAGCACCUCCCCCAACAGACUCGUAUACAGCACCACCAGCUGCAGCAGCAGCAGCACCUCCUGCAGCAGCCUCUUAUACAGCAGCACCAGCUGCAGGAGCAGCAGCACCAGCUGCAGAAGCAGCGGCACCAUCUGCUGCAGCAGCAGCAUCAGUUGCAGCAGCAGCAGCACCUUCCGCAGCAGCAUCAUAUACAGCAGCACCAGCUGCAGCAGCGGCAACACCAGCUGCAGCACCAGCUGCAACCGCAGCAGCACCUUCCGCAGCACCAUCAUAUACAGCAGUACCAGCUGCAGCAGCAGCAACACCAGUUGCAGCAUCAUAACCAACAACUGCAGCACCAGCUGCAGCAGCAGCAGCACCAGCUGCAGCAGCAGCAGCACCAGCACCAACAGUUGCAGCAUCAUAACCAACAACUGCAGCACCAGCUGCAGCAGCAGCAGCACCAGCUGCAGCGGCAGCACCACGAGCUGCACCAGCAGCAGCACCAGCUGCAGCAGCAGCAGCACCAGCUGCAGCAGCAGCAGCACCAGCUGCAGCAGCCGCUCGUACAUGUUAGUUUCUAG